CAAAAAUCACCAAUGGAAGACGCCAUUGACAACUUCGAUGCUCCUAACCCCCAAAAUCUGCAGCCUUCUCCUCACCCAUCAAAAUUCCCAGCCCAAAAAUCAAUGAGCGUGCGAAAACCCAGCCUUGACUCCCACUACGACCAAAACGUACUGAAUUCCAUCGUUAAAUAAGGAGCUAAGAGGAUUUGUAGAACAGGUUAAGGAGAAGAAGCGAUCUGGAGAGACCAUUUUUGAGACGAUUUUUAGACUAAUGACUGAGAAAUGUGUCCAACAACAAGAUUUUGACCAGUACCGUUUGAAAAAUGUCACACCUGAGAAGUUCGUUGAGCUUGAAAAUUCGGUGAGGAGGUUGAUUAAUACUGUUGAUUCGAAUACAAGUCUUGUGGUAUCCACUGAGAAGCAGCACAGAGAUCUUGAGUUUGAAGUCGAUAUGAUCAGAGAUAAACUUACCAAGAAAGCUGAUCUUAAGAUCACAGAUAGACUUGAUGAUAAGUUCAUGAAUUACACUCCUAUUUCCAAAUUCGUUUCGUUAAAUAACGACAUAAAAAAUUAUGCUGAAAAGGACAGAGUUAUUGAAAUUGAGAAGAAUAUUGAACUCAUCAAAAAUAAUAUCGGUUUAAGAGCAACUUCUGCAGAUGUACAGGCUGAUUUUGGCAAACUCAAGUCUGAAAUUGACAAAACAAUUGCUAGACUUGUGACAAAGAAAGACCUCGAGUAUGACAUGAACCGUCAGGAUGUCAAGCUCCAGAAAAGUAUCAAAAGAGUCAGAGACGAGAUUAAAAAUCUCAAAGAACUUGAAGGAAGGAUUACUCUUUUCACCCAAAAAUUAGGCAGCUACCCUACAUUUGCAGUGAUGAAUAAAUAAGCUGAAAGAAAUAUGGGAUAAUUUUAGAAAAUGCUGAAACAUUGACCAUAUCAAUAGCUUCAAGGAAGAAAUGGAACCCAAAAUGGCAUCAUGAGAGAACCUAGUUGCUGAUUUUAAUCUCGAAUUGAUCAAGAAUAAGGAAAUUAUUAGGAGAUUUGAUGAAGUCUUGCUAGAAAAAGCCUCUAAAUUUUCAAUUGACCAGAUUUAUACUAAGCUACAGGAUUACACUCCUAUAACAAAGACAGAGGAGACAGCCAUGACUCUGAAGAAGAUGAUAAGAAAUAAAGAAAAUGACAUACAUUUAAAGAUUCAAGAGCUCGAGACUGACUUUGAGGAUAUGAAGGAUAAUAUCUCCUCAAGUGUUGGGAAAAUAGCAAUAGAAAUUGAGAACAAAGUAAUGCACCAUAUUAAAUUAAAUUUUAUUGAUAGAGAGGAGCUGAACUCCUGUCUAAAUCUUAAAGCACAAAAAGAAGAUGUAGAAUGUCUAGAGAUGACUAAAGCAGAUCGAGCCGUGACUAAUGACAAUAUUGUAGCCAUGAACUUAUUAUUCAAACAACUUGAACUGUCAGUUAUAAUAACUGUUGAAUGUUUGAAAAAUCUUCUCCCAGACCCCUCAAGGAGUGAAAAUUUGUUAAACACAAGAUAUGAAUUCCUGUUUAAUCAAGCGAGUACAUUACUUAAGUGGAUAAACCUCAAGAACCUUGACGAUGAGAGUGAAGAUUUGCUUAAGAAAGAACUUGGGAAUACCUCCUACCCAUUAGAGACAGAAUCUAUAGUUCCCAGUAGAGGUGUUGAAAUGAUCAACAAAGAAAAUCAAAAUAGUGAGUUUGAUAUAGCUUCUUUCUCAUACCCUAAGAAAGAGAAUAGAUCCUCUUCUUAUUUCAAGCUUGAUGAUAGGGUAAAGUCUAAGCUAAAAUCAUUUGCAAGAGAGUACACUAGUAAUAAGAAGAAUAGGGCUCAAAUUAAAGAGAGCCAUGGCAGAUCUCUUCGCACUUUGUUCUUUAAUAAGUCAAUCAUGAAUAAGAAGCACAAGAUGAGGGAGUCUGGAGAAAAUUUUAAUUUCAAGAAUAAAAGGAGUUCCCAUUGAAAUAUCCGUGAAAAUAUAAGCUCUCUAGAUAGGUACAAUCCGAUGACUAACAUCCCAAAGCUUUAUGAUGGCUGUAAAACUCCUGUGCCUAGUGACCCACAGAUCAACUUUCACUCAAGUCGGCACUUGAUGGAGUACUCAAAGCAGGAACCUUGAGCAACUCUCAAGGUUCCUAGUUGCCUCACUAGGAGCAGGAAGUGCACAAAGAGUAUUUCUGGGACAGCUAAGAAUAUCAGGAUUAGAGAUAAUAAGUUCUAA